AUGUCUCCAUAUCAUUUAGUUUUUGGAAAAGCUUGUCAUCUUCUAGUUGAGUUAGAGCACAGGGCAUACUGGGCAAUGAAAAAGUUAAACUUUGAUUGGAAUGCUGCUAGUGAGAAUGGAAUUUUGCAACUGAAUGAGCUUGAUGAAUUUCUUAAUGAGGGAUACGAAAAUGCAAAAAUCUAUAAGGAGCACACACAAGCUUGGCAUGACAAGAACCUAGUUAGAAAAGAGUUUCAACCUGGGCAGCAGGUACUUCUUUUUAAUUCAAGGUUGAGAUUAUUUCUUGGAAAAUUGAAGUCAAGGUGGUCAUGUCCUUUUACUGUUGUGAGAGUGUUUCCAUAUGGCUCAGGGGAAGUGCAAGGAAAUAAUGGAGAUCCUUUUAUGGUGAACGGGCAAAGGUUGAAGCCAUACUUGGGCAGUGCAUUUGAUCAAACAAAGUCAAUAAGCCUCUUGAAGCCCUUUUGA